CUUUCUCUCUUUUUAAUAUAUAUAUAUAUAUAUAUAUUGGGCAUGGCACAAUCCAAUUUAUCCAUGAAACGACCUAGGUCUGAUAGUGAUGUUGAACAAGAAAACAUGACCUGGGAAAAACCUUAUACCAUGAUUGAAAAUUUGCAAGGAUCCACAGCAAAACUGACUUCGACUUUGAAAGCGCUUUCCCAAUCGAUUGAUCUUUUGAAAUCUUUUACGCCUGACAUUCAACGUUUGACUAUGGUCUCCCAAAUGGAACGGCGAUACGAAAUGGUGACAGAAGAGGAUAUCAAGGAAGCACAAACAGCAGUGGCUAAUGAAACAACACCUGAAAUCAAUGUAUUACUGAAUGAAGCUCAAUUGAUUAUUGAUCAACUAGGCAAGUUGAGUGCUGAAACAGAACGCAAGGUGGAUGCUCAAGAUGAAACCUUGAAAAGUCAAAAAUACAUGGAUCAACUUGGUAAAGGUACGCACAUGUCCCCUGUUUCCGGAGAAGAUCAAGCGAUUAUCAUGGAUUUACAGAAACGCACUAAACGAUAUCAAUUACGACAAGAGACAUUACUUCGAGAAUCAAGUGAUUGUGAUGUGUCAUUAGCAGAGCUGGAAAUGGAAUUGGCCAACCUCGAUAAAAAGAUAGAUCAUGAACGAACCAAGGGACAACAAAAGAAAACAAAUCGUCAACAGAAAACAUUGGAAAUAGAUCAACAAAAUUUGGCUUUGGAACAAAGACAAUUAGAGGCUGAAUUGGAGGCAUUGGAUGCUCAAUUACAAGAUCAACGAAGGAAAGAGACUUUGCUAACUACUUCUGUUAUUACGAAUGUGGAAGUAGAAUCACCAGUUUUAUCUAAAGGCGCUUGUGAACAACAUUUGAAUGUCAUGCAAACAUUUUUAGAUCAUUUGCGUGCUGAUGGCAACGCACGUCAUCCUAUCAACAAAAACGAACUUCAACGUUAUUUAGAAGCCAUCGAACAUGAUCAAGUCAAGUUUAUACGACCCACUCAUUUGGAACGUGUGAUGGAAAAAAACAUUCAACUUUUGAAAAUCUAUUGUAAGACAUUGAUGACCAAAGAUAAUAUGGGAUUUGUUGGUCAACGACUUGUAGAUAUUUUAUUUACCACCAAGGACCAAGCAUUGACAAGAGAAUCUCUACUGAAGGAAUUUGGAUCAUCAAGACAAAAAGAAUUAGUAGAAAGAAUACUCGAAGCAUAUAAUAUCACUUUUAAAAAUUAGUAUCUAAUAAAAAAUGUCUAAUUUAUUUGUUUCUCCGA